AUUAAACAGGAAGCAAUGUGUGGUAUAAAAAAGCGUGUUCAGAGCAUCAUGGUCAUCAUUCCUUCUACGGACGGAUAACCUCAUAUUACGACCAUGAAGAUUUUACUGGUUUCGGCCUUCUUUCUAGCUGCUGAAGUCGCAACGAAUCCAUCGGGUAUAGGUAGUUAUGUAGGCAGAAUAGGUGGUGGCACUGGAGAUUUCCCUGUCAGUCCAUAUGGUGGUCAUAUUGGAGAAGGCUACGUAGGAAACAGUGCAGAAGGCUAUGGGAAUCUUGUUGUAAGUGGAGCUUACGGAAGUUCAACUGAAGGUGCUCACGUAGGUCCUAUUGGAGGUUCCAUUCUAGGUAGUUAUGGAAGUCCAAUUGGAGGUUCUAUAUUUAGUAGUUAUGGAAUUCCAAUUGGAGGUAGUCAUGGAAGUCUCUUUGAAGGUGGUCACGGAGUUUCCAUUGUAGGUGGCUAUGAAAGUCCCAUUUCCGGAGGUUACGGAAACCCAUAUCAAGGUAGUCAUGGAAGUCCCUUUGUAGGUGGUCACGAAGGUUUCAUUGGAGGUGGUUACGGAGGUCUCUAUGAGGGUGGCCUGGGAGAUUUCAUUGGAGGUAAUCACGGAGGUCCAAUUGGAGGUAUUCAUGGAGGUUUCUUUGAAGGUGGCAUCGGAGGAUUUUCUGGCAGUGGUUAUGGAGGAAGCCUUGGGUAUGGAAAUAUCAUAACAGGUUCUGGUCCCAGCCAGGGAAACAGCAUUCCAUGUGGUUCUAAACCAGUUAUAAAGUACGUGACAAAUUCGUACCAUCUGCCAUUGAACGUCAAAGUGCCAGUCGCUAAAUACUCGCUGCCUGCACCGGCGACAAUGCCUCAGCUUCCGCAAGGUGCGCCUUGCUCUUACUCUGGCAAUGGUCCAUUACUGUUCCCCGCGUCGCAGCCAGCUCAGCCUCUGAGCCCCUCGCAUGGCCAGCAAGACUCCGCGAUUAUAGACAGGUUUGUCCCACGUGUUCCAUCCCCUCACGCCAAGGAUUGCAACUAGACCAUCCUCACGCGGAGAUCGUCAAUAAGCAGGAACCUGUGACUGUGUUUAUUCGUGUAUAAAAUAAAUUACUUUCUAAGCUGUAAUGUUUGAAGUAAACUUAUUUCUUCUUUGUGUAAUAUGUUAAGUCAGCAAAUAAUGAAUAAAUUUACAUGAAAUUGUAAUUGAAGUGAAAUGUUUUUUUAAAAAGCUCUUAUAUUAAUUUGGAUUUGCUUCCUUAAACAAAAACGUUGAAAAAUAUAAUUUGCAUUUAAUAAAAAUAUCUACCACAAAAA